CCGCCCGGGUUCCUCUCCCCCCUCUUGGGCGCUCCCUGCCAAGCCCAUGAUGUAAUGGUGUAUGUUAAUCAGUAGCAUGUGGGGAGCUCCGGCUCUGGCGGCUCAGUCCUCCGCGAGCCGACACUGGAGGCAGCAGCAGCGGCGGCGGCAGUAGCGCCCCGGACCCGCAGCGCAGCACUUCCUCAGCUCCGCCUGCCCCGACGGCAUGGCCCGCGGACCGCGCUCCGGGAGCCCCCAACCCCGCUGAGAGUCRCCCGGCCCCGGACCCGCGAGUAGGGCCCCGAGCCGCAGGGAUGAGCCGCGCCAAGUGGUGAUCGCCGCUCGGGAAUGCGGGUGUGAAGGGUCCGAGCUGCCACCCAGCGGGGAGAAGACCCCGGGACGCCGGAAAUCACCAUCCCGAAGCUGCGAGAAGGGGGGAAAAGAGAGCGUUCUUCAUUCAGUUGUGUGCCUUGUGAGGGAUUUUAUUUUCAAAUUCGUUAUUUUAUUUUAUUUUAUUUUAUUUUUUAAAAAGAAACAUUUCCGUGCUACUGUCUGUCAUCGUCUCCGGGGAAAUCAGCCAGAACCACCGGAACGUAACUGAGACCAGACAAGAGAGGCAGGAGCCGAGGCAGUACCUGCAGCGUCCGGGCACCAGAGCCACCUUGGAACCAGAACGCGUCUCCGGUGGCCGCGGGGCUGCGGCUCCGCCAAACUUUGGGGCGGGCGGGGCGGGUAGGGGCGCCGAGGGGCUUUGUAGACUGAGGGCGGCCCCCUAACCAUGAUGUUUCGCGACCAGGUCGGGGUGCUGGCGGGCUGGUUUAAGGGCUGGAACGAGUGCGAGCAGACUGUUGCGCUGCUGUCGCUGCUCAAGCGCGUGAGCCAGACCCAGGCCCGCUUCCUCCAGCUCUGCCUGGAGCACUCGCUGGCCGACUGCGCCGAGCUGCACGUCUUGGAAGGCGAGGCCAACAGCCCGGGAAUCAUUAACCAAUGGCAACAAGAAUCCAAGGAUAAAGUGAUUUCCCUCCUGUUAACUCACCUGCCUUUGCUGAAGCCAGGAAACCUCGACGCAAAAGUAGAGUAUAUGAAACUGCUGCCCAAAAUCCUGGCACACUCUAUUGAACACAACCAGCACAUUGAGGAGAGCAGACAGCUGCUGUCCUAUGCGUUGAUACAUCCGGCCACUUCAUUGGAAGACCGCAGUGCUCUAGCCAUGUGGCUGAAUCACUUGGAGGACCGCACUUCCACCAGCUUCGGCGGCCAGAGCCGAGGCCGCUCGGACUCUGUGGAUUAUGGGCAGACGCACUACUAUCACCAAAGACAGAACUCUGAUGACAAGCUCAACGGGUGGCAGAACUCUCGGGACUCUGGGAUUUGCAUCAAUGCCUCCAACUGGCAGGACAAAAGCCUGGGGUGUGAGAAUGGCCAUGUGCCCCUCUACUCCUCCUCAUCCGUCCCCACCACAAUCAACACAAUUGGAACCAGUACCAGUACAAUUCUCUCAGGCCAGGCACACCACAGCCCUUUGAAACGAUCUGUGUCCCUUACCCCACCCAUGAAUGUGCCAAACCAGCCUCUAGGACAUGGAUGGAUGUCUCAUGAGGACUUACGAGCUAGAGGACCCCAGUGCCUCCCAUCCGAUCAUGCCCCCCUGUCUCCACAAAGCAGUGUAGCCUCUUCAGGAAGUGGUGGGAGUGAACACUUAGAAGAUCAGACCACUGCUCGUAACACAUUCCAGGAAGAAGGUAGUGGUAUGAAAGAUGUUCCAGCCUGGUUAAAAAGCCUCCGCCUGCACAAAUACGCCGCGCUUUUCUCCCAGAUGACCUAUGAGGAAAUGAUGGCCCUCACCGAGUGCCAGCUGGAGGCUCAGAAUGUUACCAAAGGUGCAAGACACAAAAUUGUCAUCAGUAUUCAGAAGCUCAAAGAAAGACAAAACCUCCUGAAGUCUUUGGAAAGGGACAUCAUCGAGGGGGGCAGCCUGCGCAUCCCCCUUCAGGAACUGCACCAGAUGAUCCUGACUCCCAUCAAGGCCUAUAGCUCCCCGAGCGCCACCCCGGAGGCGCGCCGCCGGGAGCCUCCAGCCCAACACCAGCCCUCCCUGAUGGGCCCUGAGAGCCAGAGCCCUGACUGCAAAGACAACACAGUGGCCACCAGCGCCUCUGCCAGCGCCUCGGCUGGGGCCAGCGGCGGGCUGCAGCCACACCAGCUGAGCAGCUGUGAUGGGGAGCUGGCUGUCGCCCCCCUGCCAGAGGGGGACCUGCCUGGGCAGUUCACACGCGUCAUGGGGAAAGUGUGCACACAGCUCUUGGUCUCCAGACCUGAUGAGGAAAAUAUAAGCUCCUAUUUACAGCUCAUAGACAAGUGUCUAAUUCAUGAGGCAUUCACAGAGACGCAGAAAAAAAGAUUGUUGUCAUGGAAACAGCAGGUGCAGAAGCUCUUUCGGUCUUUCCCUCGGAAAACCCUCCUAGACAUAUCGGGAUAUCGACAGCAAAGAAAUCGCGGCUUUGGGCAGUCCAACUCCCUCCCGACGGCUGGCUCUGUGGGCGGCGGAAUGGGCAGACGGAACCCACGCCAGUACCAGAUCCCCUCUCGGAAUGUCCCUUCUGCCCGCCUAGGCCUCUUGGGCACCAGUGGAUUCGUCAGCUCCAACCAGCGCCACACUGCAGCCAACCCUACCAUCAUGAAACAAGGAAGACAGAACCUCUGGUUCGCCAACCCCGGUGGCAGCAACAGCAUGCCCAGCCGCACCCACAGCUCCGUCCAAAGGACCCGCUCGCUGCCUGUCCACACUUCUCCACAGAACAUGCUGAUGUUCCAGCAGCCAGAAUUCCAGCUUCCUGUGACUGAACCUGACAUCAACAACAGGCUGGAGUCCUUGUGCCUCAGUAUGACCGAGCAUGCCCUGGGAGACGGGGUUGACCGGACCUCCACAAUCUAGAAGCUGAAGAUGAGAGUGACCGCGCUGGCCGUGAAAUCGACUGCUGCGGGUCCAGUGUCAGCCAUCUUCAUGGUUGCAUAGAAUCCUCCAAGAUACUUUGCAGCCCAUUUCCCCUGGUCCCUCGCCCAUUUUGAUUUUGUGAGAGCGUAGGUCAUCCUUGUAAACAUAUCAGUAGACCUGGGAUUGGUUAUGUUGUCAUUUGUUUCUGUCAUGGGAUGGUUUGGUGUGCCCGGUGAGAGGAGUCUCUAGGGAAAUGUGGUGGGACUAGGGGCGGGGGUGGGGGAGGGAUGUGAAUGGCUUCCUGGAUGGAAGGGGUGGGGAUGGCUGCUGUGAAAAGGAGAUGAGAGACACAAGAGGGAGGCAGAAGCCCUCACCUGGGGAGCCCUCUUAGAGAGCCUGGCUUCCCAGUCAGGCCACAGAAGGAGAUGGUGGACCCAUGCGACCAAAGCAAGAUGGUGGCUCGCCUGUUUCUGUUUCCCCUGAUUGGGUUCCCUGAGGCCCCACUUGAAACAGCCACAGGAGAAAGUCAAAGGGCAACAGGGGCAAGAAGGAAGAAAUUCCCUCCAGCAAAAUUUCAGAUAAACUUUGAUUUGUGUAUUGUUUACAUAAGAAUUUUAAAGGGUACAUAAUGUGUAAAGAGUUUGGGUAGAACUUCUCUUCAUACUAUGGUUUUUGUAAAAGGAUUUAUUGUUGUUUAUGGAUUCAUUUUUUUUUCUUCUAUUUUUAUAAUAGCAGCAGGGUUGUCUUUUGAAAUGGCUGCCGAGCUCUGCUUCUUGGGAAGAUGGAUAUAGUCACGUAGGCCUGAGUUGCUAUCUUUCACCAUUAAGUGGGAGGAGCCUGUGGGUGGAUUUGAAGGAUGAGGAUGUGGCCAGAAUGUACACAGCACUAGGAAAGGACACAAGGACGAUGGCAGCAUGUGAUCAGUUACAGAUUUGCUCACAGGUCACCCAGAGAUUGUAAACAAACCUUGCGGCCUCUUUCUGGGCUGGAUUUGCUUCUCAUCUAAAGACCUUGCUUCCUUCCCACCCUCCCCCUGGGCUUCAUCUUAGCACUGCUGACCUGGCUCCACAGACACCCAGGUGGGUCCCAGUUCCAUGGUGGAGGGUGAUGCUUUUCCCUUACGAGAGGUCUAAUAUCCAGAAAAUGAGAUCAAAACAUGUGCAUGGGGUUUCCUAGAGGAACCUGAGCCGUAGGGGCUCAGUCAAGUCCCUGCUGAGGAAGAAGAGAGAAAGGCCCAGCAACAGUGCAUGAAGGGUCAGUUGGCAAGUGUCAGAGAGAGCAAGCAGGAGGCACUGGGCUCACGCAGUCCAGCCCCACCCUCCCAGGUGGCAGUAAAAGCAGAAGUGGGAAGGAAGGUUCUAUCCACACAGUGAGCCAGAUGUGCUGUAUAGUUAGCUGAUUUAUCCAUCUACACAGAAGGGAGGGGGGAAAAACGCUCAUUGCAUGGUGAGAGAUUAACAAACUAUGGUACCACAAAGUAAUAGCUCUAUUUCUUAAGGGCAAGAAAGAGUGUGUUUUGGAAUUUGAUGCCGUGGAAGGUAUUAGUGGAAAUCAAAAGGGAAUUGUGCUCUGCACUGGAAAAUUGGGUUGUGUAGAUGACGGUAUAAAUGCUCAGCCAGAGGCAAGAUUGGGGAGAAGGGUGUAAGGCCUGUUUAUUAAGUGAGUGAGAAUGAUGCCUCUUUUUUUUUUUUAAGUGAAGUCAGAGUCACAAUUAAUUAGAUCAGAUCAUGAAAAUUAUUGCACUCACUUAUGGUUAUUUUUUUAAGUAAAUGAAUUACACAGAUUUAAAAGGGCUUAAUAAAAUCCAAACAACUUUCUUUUACCAUCAAGAUUAAAAUGUACACCCAGCCCAGCCAGGAUGCUGUGGUCAGGUUUUUGAAACCUCUUUGCCAUGCAAAAGGCUUCGAGUACCUUAACCAGAGCCUUUAGUGAGCCCAGAAAGCUUGAAUCCAUAAUUUCAUGCUGUGCAUUUAAAAGAGAGAGAAAGGGGGGGGGGAAAGAGAAAGAGAGGGAAAGAGAGAGAGAGAAGAAAAACAUUUAGACCUCUCCUUGGGGUGACUAAAUUCUAAAGAUGCAAAUCCAUGUGCAGAAAGAAGCAGCAUUUUUUUUUCUUUUUUUUUUUUUAACCAAGUGCCAUUAACAUUCAUCCCUCACAUCCCGUUUCUAAACAAGCAUAAUGUUGGGGAAUGUGCUGGGAUGGACGAUCACAUGUAAGGCAGGAAGAAUAUGUCAAAAUGAUGAAGGCCAAAGGUAAGGCCAAGAGAGGGUUUGAGGAUGUGUUUGGGGGAUGCUGAUGAGAAAGUUAAUACAGAGGAGAGAAAACAAGGGUAUUACAUGUCUUGUAGAGAAAGGAGAAGGCGUUCGGAUCUGCUGCAAAACACACGUAUCCAUAAAGACUCGUGUUAUCAGAAAACAGAUUGUGAACACAAUCACAUUAGCACGAAUCCUUUAAAAGGAAGAAGACCUUAAAAGUAUUUGCAAAUCUGAAUUUCUAUUUAUUCCUUCACUGAAUAUAGAAACAAUGGUUAUCUGAUUAUUAGAGAUAUUAUUUUGGAUAUGUUACUUAUUAACUUGCUAUGGCUGGUAACCAUGAUAAAGUCUGUUAUUAAUAACAACAUAAUUCUUUUUUUAAGAAAAGAAAAGCUUAUUUUUCAUUGACUGUGUAUAGAUUUACUUAGUUGUGUUUUGCUAUAUUAGUGUUUUGUUUUGUUUUUUUAAGUUGAGUGUUCUGAUGAAUUUUAGGAGCCUGUCCCCAUCUUGUUUUGAGUCCUGUGUUGACUGCAGGUAUACAGCUCAAUUUAAAAAUCCUAAAGCAAAAGAAUUUUAUUUAUAAAAGAAACAGUUGCAUGCAUAAGGCUGUGAAGUCGGAUAUUUAGUAAUAAAGCGGCAGUGCCUUUUUUUGUAUUUACCCAUUGAUCCCCAAAUGCAACUGUUUUAUAUUAAGUAAAUAGAAAACGAUUUUAAAAAAGAAUCUCAAGAGUAAAAUCUAUUUCACUACGUGGGUUCCCCCCUCCCCCUUGUUCUGAGUUAAGCAGUGUGUCAACUUGGCAUCUCGACACUGUCCCAGGGACAGUGGUGUUCUACAAUAUUGUUAUCAUGUAUGAUGUUUUAUUGGUGCUUUUUAUUCAUAGAGGUUUCUUACCAGAAACAGUAGGAAGAAACACAUGAACUGUGUCCACGACAUGAAACAUUGCUGCUGAUAUGUUUUUUCACAUGCUUUUGUUGAAGUUUCACUUUUUAAACGAGAGCCAGCCAGCAAAAUAGAUGCGCUGGGUCUGCCCGCUGGGGACAGCUGUUGUGUACCAAGCUCUCAAAUCCUGGGUAUGGAGGGUUCCUUUCUGAUUCUCAGGAUUGGAGCUGCAGCUGCCACCCCCCUACCCCCUAGCCCCCACCCCUGCCACUCCCAUUCAUUCUGAAGAGACACUGAGGGAAACUGAGAUUUUCUUUUGAGGUGUCACUGGCUGCCUUUUACAGAAUGGGAGCCUCCUCCGGGUCUUUUGUCCUUCUGAACCUCUUGUAGCAACUGCCAGUGCAAGGUUUGUAGAUGUGUAUCCCCAGAGCCCGGGCUGAGCGCUGAGCUGGGCCCCAUGCAUGGGCCUGCAACCCAGGAGGGCAGCGUGGGGAGGCAAAGCAGGCCCCAUGCGGUGCCCCUCUGGAGAUGACCUUGACAGUCCCCUGCAGCCUGGGUGCGGGUAAGCAGCCUAACCAAGGCACUCGGGUGUGCCUGUUACAAGCAGAACCUACAGAAGGAUCAUUUGCACAUGGAGCUGUGAUAACACUAAUGUUGUUUCUUUUUCUUUCUUUUUUACAAGUCAUCAGAGAUGUUUGCAAAGUGAGUUUUAUUUUUUUGUAAUUCCUUUAUCUUUACUUAAAGGUGAAUGUGUAUUCCUCUGGGAGGAAUAGGAAGAAAACAGGAAUGUUCAUAAUGUCAAACAGAAACUUCCUCCCUUAUUAAUAUAUAACCCUCAUGUAUUUAUGCCUAAUGUAAACUGACUUUUAAAAAGCUCUCUUCUGUUGCAUGCCCAUGAAGGCAUCCGUAUUGUACAUGCAUGCCUUGCGUCCUGUUUUCCUGUAUAAAGUUAGUGAACAAAGAAAUAUUUUUGCCUAGCUCAUGUUGCCAAGCAAUGCAUAUUUUUUAAAUUUUGUCAUAUAUGGAAAGAGCAUGUUUGUUACAUGUAAAAGCUUUACUGAUAUACAGAUAUACUAAUGUUUGAACAUGCUUUCUUUGCAAGUGUACAGUUUUCAAAUGUUGUUACCAGUGAAACACCCUUGUGGUUUAAACUUGCUACAAUAUAUUUAUUACUCAUUUCCUCCCAUGUAACUAAGAAUCAUGGCUAUAUUUCAUAUCAACGUUAUAUUGAAAGUGAAGGGAAAUGAUUAAUACAAGGUUUUGUAACA